ACAGGUGAUGGAGGCACCAAGAACUCGGAAGUAAACAACGAUGGCGUUACCGUCGCUGUUCCAGUGAGACAGAAAAGUACUUUGUAGAGCAGUUUUGUUUUGUUUUUUUUAAAGUGCGCCCCAGCAGUUUUUGUUCUUACAGGCUGCAAUGUGCUGCGACUCCAUAAUGACAGUAGGUUAAGCAGCUGUGAAGGGAUGUCAGAACAACAGGCCGGGUUAAGGCUUCACCCUGGGAUUAUUGCAUCAGUGAUCUUCGUCUCUGUGGCGGCAGUAGCUGCUGCCGUAUUGAUCAUCCGAAAAUACUGCUUCCCAGUCAACGAGGCGACCUACAGAUACUCACUGCUGAGGAGGAUGGAGGAUCAGCAUUCAGCGCCAGCGGAGGAGGAUGGUGACGGGGGGCCCUGCACAGUGGGAGAGGAGUCAGAUGAGUGCAAAGACGAAGGAAUUAUCGGGACAAGUACACAGAUGAGAUGACACCACAAGCUGUGCUCUAUCUAUAUUUUUUGUUGAGUGCUUGAAGUACACAUGAAGGACCUCAACUUUUCCUCUUUGGACAGAACAAAGCGCUCUGAUUUGUUGCAGAUAUGAGAUAUCGAGCCGCUUUGCACCUUGCUGCUGUAAUUGUUGUCCUCCUAAUCACAUGGGGAAUCUCCAUCAAUUCCUUUGAUGCACAAGAGAAAGUGGAAACAUUUCUCGAGUUUUAUACUGCGGAUCAAAUGAAACCAAAAUUCAAAACAGCUACAACUGCAUCUGUGCCAAAGUGCCGCCUCUCCAGACUCUGCCCGCCUCAACAUUUUGCUUUACAUAUCAGGAGCGGAGCGGCCAACGUUGUUGGGCCAAAUAUCUGUUUCGAUGGUAAAAUCAUCAUGAGCCACGUGUUGAACAAUGUGGGACCAGGACUUAACAUUGUGGUGGUAAAUGGGGAAAGUGGAGUUGUAGAGAAAUCACACUAUCUUGAUAUGAAUGCAGGAAACCCAGAAGACAUCCUAGCGUACCUGAAGGAGAUUAAACCUGGAAUGAUUGUCUUGGUGGCCUCCUUUGAUGAUGUGACAAAGAAGAUGACAGAUGAAAUGAGGGAGAUAUUCGUUGGGAUGGGAAGCGCUUUGAUCAAGUCUGUAAAACACAGAGACAGCUGGGUGUUUGCUGGGAGAGCAGGAGCAAAAAGCAAAAGCCUCUUUGAGAAGCAAGCUGCUCAUGAUGAGAAAACCAACAUUUAUGAAGGAUGGCCAGAGAUGGUGGAGGUGGCCGGCUGUUUUCCAAGAAACCAGACUGACAGACUGACUGACUGACAUUUGUGAUGAACUGCUAAAUGUGAUGGAAGUUUCUGUUUUUUAAAUGGCCUUUCAAGAUUUCUCUGUAAAUUGACGCCGCUCCAAAUGGUGUCAAAUCUCUUUCUAAAAUUAAAAGCUUAAGAUCCCUGUUUCCUGCAGGUUCCCUGAA